ACGGGGUAAAAUCAGCAUUAUCAGUGUCCAUGCCAAAGAACAACACUCCCCUGUUAGAGGGGGUAACAUCAGCAUUAUCAGUGUCCAUGCCAGAGAACAACACUCCCCUGUUAGAGGGGGUAACAUCAGCAUUAUCAGUGUCCAUGCCAGAGAACAACACUCCCCUGUUAGAGGGGGUAACAUCACCAUUAUCAGUGUCCAUGCCAGUCUCUACCACAACUGAUAACUCUGUGACUAUUUCAGCCGUCAUCUACCUCUCAUCUGCCCAUCAGAACAAGUAUACAGCGUCUGAGAGGAAUGUAAGUGUUAGCACGUCGGAGUCUGUCACUAUUUCUGACGCAACAGUUCUGAAUACCCCUGCACCUCAUGAACAUGUCAUUAUGGACACGGGACAUACUAACUCAACAAUAAACGUACAAGUAGACUUGCCAUCAUCACCCUCAUCAUCAUCAUCAUUAUCAUCCUCACCAUCGCCAUCAUCAUCACCAUCUUCAUCACCAUCUUCACGAUCAUCAUCAUCUUCAUCACCAUCUUCAUCAUCCUCAGCAGCAGCAAUAUCUUCAUCAUCUUACGCUUUGUUAUCAAUGACAUCGUCAUCAUCCGUCGUGUCUCACCAAUCUCACAUCAACAGUGUGUCCAGUCCCACCACAGCUCCCAGUCUGUCCUCCCUCUCCAUGGAACGUUCUGAUUCAACAUCAUCAUCCACUUCUGGGUUGAGUGUGAUGUCACCAUCCCCAUCAAGUGUCUUCCCCUCCACUGGUAUGAUGUCAUCACCCUCUGCCCUUUUGUCACCUGCUCUUACAUCAUCAUCCUCUGCCCUCAUGUUUCAUGGUGUGACUUCAUCACCCAGCUCCCUGGCAUCCAGCGUGACAUCAUCAUCCACUGUCCACGUGUCCACUGGUAUGUCAUCUUCCUCCGCACUCAUGUCUCGUGGUGUUACAUCAUCAUUAAUUGCCCUGGCAUCCAGUGUGACAUCAUCAUUCCCCUCCCAUCUCUCAGAGGAAGUGAGUGUGACUUCUGUUCUUGUUACAGAGACAGCGAUGGAGGAGUUAACUGUGGGAACAUCCAGAGAGACAGGGGUUAAUUUCCCCAAAGACAACGAGACCAGAUUAUCCCAAACAGGGAACCUCACCUUAGCCGACAGGCCUGCACUCACAACAUCACAGGUGUCACCUUUGACCCCUCGAGAGGACACAACGACUGUAUCCCUCCAGCUCACGACCGUGACCACCACAACCAUAGCUUCAACCACAACAGAGCCAAUCACAGAAAGCCCAACCACGACAACAACACGCAGAACCACCACCACUGCUCCAGCCUCCAGGAGAACACUGUCACCUCCAAUCCCAAAGACCAAACCCAGAGGGACGACCACCCCGUUCCCCUUCACCACCACCACGGAGGCUCCACCCCGGCAGUGCAACGUCACAGAGAAGAUCUGGGUUAAAACAAUUCUGACCAUCCAUGUGAGAAGGAACCGCCUGGACAGCAUCCAGAGACAGAACCUGCGUAGAGGGCUGACCCAGGCUCUGAGUAGAGCUCUGAAUGACACCACUGCCCAGGCUCAGGUGGAGACUGUGUUUGGCUCUCCCAACGUGACGGUGGGCUACCACGUAAUUGGAGCAGACAUGGUGUACCCGCCCUCUGUGGUGGUCGAGGCACUUCACUCCUACGGCCGGGAUAGGCUGAUGGGUGACGUGCGACAGUUUGUCCCCAUGGUAACGGCGCUGCCCAACACAGCCACACCAUGGAAACCCAGCCCAGCUAUCAGCCUCCAGCUCAAAACAGUUUUGCGCUUCGUAGGUCCAGGAGAUGACCCGCGUUCCUGUCGGUUCUCGCAGAUGAUGGAACAGAGGCUGGAGAACGUGUUCUCUGAGGCCCAGGCCAAAGUCCUGGACGUCCACACCAGACUCUCUGUCCAGAUGCUGAGUGUUUCUCAGUCAGUGGGUUCUCCUGCUGUGUCUCUGGUCUACAUGGUGAGGAACGGGACCGCCCCUCUCAACGGCACCGCCGCCUCUAACCUCCUGGGUCAGCUGACCGCAGAGAUGGUCGGCUACUUCCUGUUCUACCCACCGCUGGUCAUUGCUGAACCAUUGGAAUACCACAACCUCAAUACCUCCAUCGCUACCAGAGACUUCUGGGUAAUCACAGUCAUCCUGGAUGUGGAUAACUCAUCUCUGGAGAGUCAGUACCAGAGCUUUGCCAGUCUCAUGGAGCAGCGCCUGGCUGAGCUGUUUGUGGUUGCUCGCCAGCAGGGCACUCGCUUCAGAAGAGCCACCACUGUGGACAGCUACACUGUCCAGAUGGUGAGUAUCCGUCGAGUGAUGGGUCAGAAGAACCCAGCAGAGAUGACCUACUACGUUCAGCUGAACGGUCGUCCGUUACCGGGAACGUCAGCCGCCAAGGUCCUGAACACGCUGGACUCUCAGACCAUGGCCCUCACACUGGGUUACUUCGUUCAGCUGCAGGCUGAACCCGUGGUGAAGAAUCCUCCAAACAAUCUGUGGAUCAUUGCAGCGGUGCUGGCCCCUAUCGCCGUGGUAACGCUCAUCAUCAUCAUCAUCACCGCCGUGCUCUGCCGGAAGAACAAGAGCGACUUCAAAGCCGACGCCAUGGGCAACCUUAACCCCGUGUCAAGCCUACAGUCAGACUGUCAGAAGAGAGACGGGAGGAGGAAAUGGAUGAUGACGCGUAUCUUUGACACGGUUUCUCUUGUUUUUCAGACGUCAUAUCGGAGGGAUGUUACAGGAUAUUACCACCAGCCUGUCCAGGGCUUUGACUAUGCCAAGCAGCACCUGGGCCGCGUGCAGGGUGGGGAGGGAGAGACCCUCCCCGUGACCCAGGACACCCUGGUGCUGCCCCUGCCCAUCCGGGAAGCCCCCCCUUCCCUCUCCCUGGAGAAGGCCCUGCACCAGGACGGCACCGCCAACAAGAAGACCCUCAACUCGGACAUACGCAAGAGCAGGUUGCCGAGCGAGGACGGUUCCGUCAUCAGCAACGAAUCAGAGAAGCUCAACUCUGGUCAGGGCUCAGCGGCCCAGAAAGUCACAGCACAGCAGAAAUUGACAAAGGAGGAGACACGCAAGAAGAACGAUCCCUACAACACCUCGUUUGGUUCCCUGCAGCUUAUUUCCAUAAAGCCCAUGACUGCUCCGCCCACCUAUUCACACCCCGCCUCCUCUGACCGCAGCCAAGACUCAGCCAUCCUCAAUGGAAAUGGAGAGGUGAACCUAGCUCUGAAGCAGAAGUCCGACAUAGAGCACUACAGGAACAAGCUGAGGCUGAAGGCUAAGAGGAAAGGGUACUAUGACUUCCCCUCAGCGGACGGCAGCGGGAGUGGUAGCAGGGCGCUGGCACAGAGGCAGAGACAUGGACAUGAGAGGGCACCUGGAGAGCAUGGCCCACCACUGGAGCCUGAUGAAGACCGAGCAUCCACCUACGUCAAGUCCAGCAGGAGACACUCUCAGGUGAGGCAGCGGACCUAUCGGAGCAGGCAGAGCCUGAACAGCCCGAGUACCGGAGGAACAGAGAUGGACCUGCUGGUUAUGAGGGAGAGACCCAGGAGAGGCAUCAGGAACAGCGGCUAUGACACUGAACCGGAGCUGAUUGAGGAGACCAACGUGGAUCGUCUGAUUGGCCCGCGGGGGGGUUAUGUCUGCCCCAGAGGGGUCAAAGGUCACUCAGAGACCUCCACGUUGAGCUCCCAGCCGUCCAUCGACGAGGUACGCCAGCAGAUGCACCUGCUCUUGGAGGAGGCCUUCAGCCUGGCCUCAGGGGGACAAUCCUCCACGGCCGGACGCCACCACCACUCCCAUCAUCCCCACCCCCACCACGGUUACCACCACGGCCACUACAGCCCCGGACCUCCACCCCUGCCCUACUCUGACGUGGUGACCAGUGCCCCGGGAACCAUGAGCCGUGGCCGGGGAGGAGGGCUGCAGUGGGUGCCGCCGUACGGAGCAGACAUGUAUCAGUGCAGCCUCCCCAAACCUGCCUUUAGGUUCACCCAGCUUCCUGACAUGGUUAUGACCUCUCCUCCACCCCCUAUUCCCCCUCGCACCGGCCCCCCUCCUGGGACCUCUCUAAGACGCUCGUCGCCUAACCUGGGGUCCACGGCCAGGAUCUCAGAGUCUGGGACCAACAUGACGGACAUGCAGACCCAGCAUAAUGACAGCAGCGCCCCCUAUGUCUCUCUCUCUAGAGCAGCACUCCCCUCAGUCCCCCUCUCCAGAGCAGCACUCUCCUCAGUCCCCCUCUCCAGAGCAGCACUCCCCUCAGUCCCCCUCUCCAGAGCAGCACUCCCCUCAGUCCCCCUCUCCAGAGCAGCACUCCCCUCAGUCCCCCUCUCCAGAGCAGCACUCCCCUCAGUCCCCCUCUCCAGAGCAGCACUCCCCUCAGUCCCCCUCUCCAGAGCAGCACUCCCCUCAGUCACAGCAGAACAGCCGGUGUUCACCUACUCAGGAAACCCCAUCACAGCGGUGUACGCCAUCCCAGCCUCGCGGUCGGGUUACUCUGAGUACUUUGCCUCCACGCCCCCGUCCUCCUACCACAGCCCAUCCUGGAUGUCCUACCCCCCCGAGCCUGAGGACGUGCCCCCCCAGUGGGCUGACUCUGUGGCUCUCCCAGGGUACGUGGAGUCCUUCCCUCAUCCCCGCUACCCUCAAGGCAGCUCCCCCAGACUCCCCCUACACUACGGCCAGGCCAUGGAGCCACACCCCACCCCGACCACCGCCGCGUCCCAGCAGAGCCUGCCCGAUGCGGGGGAGCCCAGAGACAGAGUCCCCCUCAGCAGUCUCUCCACAUCCGCCCUGGUCCAGGCCAUCCGCCAGGAGGUGGCAAAGCUGGCCAAGAAGCAGACAGACAUGUUUGAGUUCCAGGUGUAAUCCCUCCCUCUAGUGGCCGGGAGGUGGAAUUGCAGCACUCUCUUUUCUGAACAUGCUGUAACACUAGAGACAAAACAAACUCUCAAACUCAACUUUUUUGACAUUUGUAUAUUAAGACUGAUAAAAGCCUCUUUCUUUCUAUUUCUCUCUCUCCCCCACCUCUCUCAAAGUGGGAAAAUCCCACGUUUCUCUGAUGUGUUUCAUCACCAUGCUGUUAUUUUGGAGUUACUGAAGAGUGAAAGUGUUCUAUCUCAAACUGUCAGUCAUCUCUAUUUAACGAUGUCUCUAUAGUUACAUUACCUGUUCCUUUACAUUGUACAUAUGUCAUCCCCACAUCUAAAGACCGGUAAUAAUGAAAGAUGAGUGUUUCACUAACCAGGACAGUAACCUUAGCAACCCACAGAGGAGUAUGUCAUGACAUCAAUAGAACAAUUGAUGAGGCAGAGAGAGUCGUCACAUGUUCAUGCACAAAGGUCCAACCACUUCAGAACAUCAGAAUGAAGUGAUAACGAGCCAAAGGGUUUUAGGAGGAUAUAUUGGCACGGUUGUUGUUAGGCCUGAGACGAAGUCGAGGGCAGGCAGACCGUGGCACUAAAUCCUCCAAACACCGGUUUCGAGGGCAUCACUUUUAUACAAUGUGUUACCAACAUAUUAAAAUAAUGAUUGACAUAUGUUCAUUAGUAUUAUUUUUAAAAAUUAAUUUAGUCAUACUAUUACAUCCUUCUACAAGAUAUAGUCCCGACACAAAUCUAGCCGGCUUGUCGUUCGUUCUAUCAGUUUGGUUGCUACAGUGGAGAAGCGAAACAGAGUCGUUCAGUCUUUUUGUUCUGUAUUUAUGGAUGCGACCCAGUCAUUUGUUCUAAAUGUUCCGUUUCCAUGCUGGCUGGCAACGUUCUUAUCCCUUUCUCUCUAGUUAGCCAACUAAGACUAACUUACAGCUAGAAUAACAGCAAAGUAGUUGCAUUUGUUUUAGCUGUUUUCUAGAGAUAUUUAUUUGGAUAAAUCCAUAACAAUGAGCUAAUGAGGCUCGAUUUGUCCUGGCAAAAUGUGCUCACUCAUCAGGACACUGUUGUUCAGAGAGGCUAACCAACAACACAGCUAACACAAUCACUUCAAACUGAAGCUGGA